UUCAGAGUAUACCUGAGCCAUGGUGGAAAACCAUGGGUGUCAGACUUCAACCAUCCUCACUACAUGGCUGGGAGGAGGGCUAUGAAGACAGUUUUUGGAGUUGAACCAGACCUGACAAGGGAGGGAGGAAGCAUUCCUGUUACUAUUACUUUUCAAGAAGCAACAGGCAAGAAUGUCAUGCUGCUUCCUGUUGGAGCUGCAGAUGAUGGUGCCCACUCUCAAAAUGAGAAACUAAAUAGGUCCAACUACAUCCAGGGGGUGAAGAUGCUUGGUGCAUACCUCUAUGAAGUGUCUCAGCUGAAGGACUAAGACCUUACCAUCUGGCUUGUGCUUGAGGUCUGAGUUCCUGCACAACACAACAU